CAGUGUAGUAGCCGGUCAUGGCGGCGGUGUGUGUUCGUCCAUGAGGUGGCGGACGCCUGCGAUACUUGCCGUCUGAGCGACCGAAUCCAAGCGCCACGAUGGCCGGGGUGUUUGACAUCGACCUGGACCAGCCGGAGGACAACGUCUCUGACGAUGAGAUCGAGGAGGCACAGAUUAAUGACAUCAUGGACCAGUGCAGUGGAUUUGAGUUCAACAUGGACGACUGUGAGAAGAUCGAGAUAUCGGAGGACAACGUCAACCAGGGGACGGAGAGCAUUCGCCCCGAGUGCUUUGAGCUGCUCAGAGUUUUGGGCAAAGGCGGUUACGGGAAGGUUUUUCAAGUUCGAAAAGUCGUGGGCGCAGCUGCAGGAAAAAUAUUUGCAAUGAAAGUUUUAAAAAAGGCCAUGAUUGUACGCAACGCCAAGGACACGGCCCACACCAAGGCGGAGAGGAACAUCCUGGAGGAGGUGAAGCAUCCCUUCAUUGUCGACCUCAUCUACGCCUUCCAGACUGGAGGGAAGCUGUACCUGAUCCUCGAGUACCUGAGCGGAGGAGAGCUCUUCAUGCAGCUGGAGAGGGAGGGCAUCUUCAUGGAGGACACAGCCUGUUUCUACUUGGCUGAGAUCUCCAUGGCUCUGGGCCACCUGCACCAGAAAGGCAUCAUCUACAGAGACCUGAAGCCUGAGAACAUCAUGCUCAACAGCCAAGGGCACGUCAAGCUGACGGACUUUGGUCUGUGUAAAGAGUCUAUUCACGACGGCACAGUCACCCACACCUUCUGCGGGACCAUCGAAUACAUGGCCCCGGAGAUCCUGAUGCGGAGCGGCCACAACAGAGCGGUGGACUGGUGGAGCCUGGGGGCGCUGAUGUACGACAUGCUCACGGGAGCGCCGCCGUUCACGGGCGAAAACAGGAAGAAGACCAUCGACAAGAUUCUGAAGUGCAAGCUGAGCCUGCCCCCCUACCUCACGCAAGAAGCCCGAGACCUUCUCAAGCGGUUGCUGAAGAGGAACGCGUCGUCACGGCUGGGGGCCGGAGCAGGGGACGCCACCGAGGUGCAGACUCAUCCGUUCUUCCGUCACAUUAACUGGGAGGAGUUGCUGGCUCGGAAGGUGGAGCCUCCUUUCAAACCCUUCCUGCAAUCGGCGGAGGACGUGAGUCAGUUUGACUCCAAGUUCACCAGCCAGACGCCCGUGGACAGCCCCGACGACUCCACCCUGAGCGAGAGUGCCAACCAAGCCUUCCUGGGCUUCACCUACGUGGCGCCCUCUGUCCUGGAAAACAUCAAAGAAAAGUUCUCAUUUGAGCCCAAAAUCCGCUCGCCGCGGCGCAUCGUGGGCAGCCCCAGAACUCCUCUCAGUCCAGUCAAGUUCUCCGGCGUGGACUCCUGGCACCGAGGCGCGGGCCCCGCCGUCCUCCAGGCUCCUCAGGACCAGGCCAUGGAGGUGUCCAGCGCGGAGCAGAUGGACGUCACCAGCAGCUCGGAGGCUUCGGCUCCUCUCCCCAUCCGUCAGCCGGCGGGAGUCAACCUGGCUCAGAUGAAGCAGCAGGCCUACCCCGUCGUAGCCAAGAGACCCGAGCAUCUACGUAUGAACCUAUGACCCGCUGGGCCCCUUCGUCCUGGACUUGCUCUUUCUGUUGGUUUUUCCUUCAUUUACAUUUUUAAGCUGAAGAGACGCUCGAGACAAUGAGAAUCAAAGUUACACGCGCGCUGACGGGCUGCGCUCAGCGUGGGGUCGCGGGGAGGUCACGGGACGGCCACCUGUGCUUCACCCUGGAUGUGAGCGAGGCUCUUCUCCAGAGCUCUACUGUGCCUCCUCGGCUUGAGGACGGCGGAUGCUUCCUCGGUGAUGGUGGCUGGUCGGAUCAUGUGACGUGGGCCGUGCAGUGGAUGGCGCAGCAGCCACUUCUCCUCAGCGGCAUUGAGGAUUGCUGAUGCAGCGCUUUCACUACCGCGAGCUGAAGGAGGUGCUCAGAAACAGCCACGGCUGGAGCCAGUUGUUCUGCCGGAGUUGGACAACUCUUCCAUCAGCACUCGCUCCUUGAGCAGGAUUAUUUCAAAUUCCUGUAAAAAUAAUAAUUAUAAUAAAAGAUGAAAAAGUUGUUGGGCCGUGACCUGGAC